AUGAACGGUGGAAACGGUCCUUCUAGCUAUGCACGCAACUCUUCCUAUCAGAGGAGAGCCGUUGAGACUGCUGAAGCAUUCCUUAGGAAGGAGAUCCCCGCUCGGGUCGACCUCACAAACCAUUCCUUCUCUUCUUUUACCAUCGCAGACUUUGGAUGCUCCUCUGGCCCCAACACAAUUCUUGCUGUAGACAUCAUCAUCCAAGCCCUCAACAACAAGUUCAGCUCUUCUCUGCCUAGUACUAAAACCCCUGCGUUUCAAGUCUUUUUCAACGACCUCUCACACACUGAUUUCAAUGCACUCUUUGCUUUGCUCCCUCCUCAACGUCCCUACUUCGUCGCAGGUGUCCCAGGCUCUUUUUAUGGGAACUUGUUUCCGAAGGCAUCUCUCAACUUGGCCUACUCCUCUUGUGCCCUCUGUUGGCUCUCCGAAUUGCCACCGGAGCUAAGUGACACAACCUCCCCUGCUUACAACCAAGGCAGAAUUCACUACACGGGAGCACCAGCAGAGGUUGUGCAAGCCUACUCCUGUCAGUACAAGAAGGAUAUCAAGUCGUUUUUGCGUGCAAGGUCACAGGAGCUCGCAGAAGACGGAUUGAUGGCACUGAUCGUGCCUGGUGUACCAGACGGGUUCCUCGAGUCUGAGGCUUCAACAGGAUCCGAGUUCGAUCUGCUGGGCUCAUGCCUCAUGGACAUGGCCAGAGAGGGAAUAAUAAAGGAGGAGGAGGUAGACAGUUUCAACCUGCCCAUAUACUACACAACUCCAAAGGAGCUGGAAGAUAUCAUCAGGAGCAACGGAGAGUUGGCAAUCGAUAAAAUAGUGACACUGGAGGGCGCGGAAGCACAAUACACCAUGCCUGAGCUCGAGUCGAGGGUUCUGUACCUGAGAGCAGUGCUGGAAGGUCUCAUUCGCACCCACUUUGGCCAUCAAAUCCUCGACGACCUGUUUGAUCGCUACUCACUCAAACUUGCUCAUUCCUCUUUCAUCCUCAAUCCCCAAACCCACAAAUCCAUCAUGAUCUUUGCCCUUCUCUCUCCUCGCCGCUACGUAUGA